AUGGUUUCAUUCACACAUCUGCUUAUUGCUUCGUCAACAGUCUUAGGGAUAUUCGCCGCUCCUGCAAUUGACAAAGUCGAGCGCGACUCCGCCGCUGAAAGUCUUCCAGAUUUCGAAAUCGGUGGGGCCAACCUUGCUCGUCGUCAAGAUUACACUCAGAACUACAAGACUGGCGGUAAUGUCAACUUUCAGUCAACAAACAAUGGCUACUCUGUGACCUUCUCUGGGGCUCAAGACUUUGUUGUCGGAAGAGGAUGGAAAACUGGAACUUCAAGAAACAUCACGUUCAGCGGCACCACCACUGCUUCUUCUGGAACAGUACUUCUAUCCGUGUAUGGCUGGUCAACCAAUCCGCUCGUUGAAUACUACAUUCAGGAAUAUAGCAACAGUAACGGCGCCGCACAAGGUACUAAAAUCGGUACACUCGAAAGCGAUGGAUCUACAUAUGAUAUUUGGAAGCAUCAACAAGUCAAUCAGCCCUCCAUCUCUGGCACAACCACGUUCUGGCAGUACAUUUCUGUGCGACAACAGAAGAGAACUACCGGCGGAACCAUCACUACCGCCAAUCAUUUCGCUGCUUGGGCUAAGCAAGGAAUGAAGUUGGGGGCCAUGAAUUACCAGGUCCUCGCUACAGAAGGGUGGGGAAGCGCUGGUGGAAAAUCGAACAAUGUCAUAAGCAGCUCGUAA